UUUUAAAAUCCGCCAUGAUAUCAUUUGGAUAUAUGUCUGAAACAAUUGGUCAUUUGAAGCCAUAAUGAUAUCGGUGUCGCGAUGACGUCAAAAGGAGUUCAGCAUCAUCCAGGUUGCGUACUUAUCUCCCUCUUCAAGGGGCUUCUGCAGAGGAAGGAGGCGCAUGCAGGCUGAGCGGCUGCUAAUGAGCUCAGAAGUCCAUCCAGAUAUACACCGUCACUUAUGCUGAUGAUUGGACGCAAGGGAAGCUGCGCUGAGCUGGACGGUGCAGCAGCUGCAGCACAGCGCACCGCAGAGAGAGGGCCAAGACAUGGGGCGCCUCCAGCGAAAUACAUGACAUAAAAAUAAAAAAUAAUUAGAAAACAGCUUGAGCAGUCUUGGCAGAAUCCUAUUAUUUUGAUUUGGAAAGGGUCAGUGUCAAGGUCGAGCUGGCUCCACCUGCAAAGCAGACUUCCUCUGUCCUUGCUGCAAUGAGUUUAGCACCCUCAGAUCACUCGCACAUGGGAGGCCUUAGCAAGGGAUGGAGAAUAACAAAAUCAUGACUUGCAUCACAGCUGCAUUUUAAACCGUGCUGCGGAAUCUUGAAGGGGUGUAAACAUUGUGAUAUUGCACUCGCUGAAUGAGAGCAGUCUGCAAGGUGGUGACUGAGAAGCACAAAACGCGCUUUGCUUUGCUGACUGGACGGUGCGUGUGCGCGCAGAUCGCUGACUUUGGGAUGGCCCGAAUGCUAUCAGCGGAUGACAGCUACGUUUCAACUGAGACUCUCGGGUCUCUGCCAUAUCUGGCCCGGGAGGUGCUGCAGCUAAACAAGGGUCGGGCGGAGACUGCUCGCCUCCGAAGCGAGGCCGCCGCGCUCGAGCAGCGGCUGGCUGACGGCCACUGCAUCGAUCUCGCCACCACCGCCGCCGAUGCGGCCGCGGCCCAGGACGCCCUUGCUGCGGCAGAAGCCGCCGCCGCUGCGGACGCGGCCGCCGCCCGGGACGCCCUGGCUUUGUCAGGAGCCGCCGCAGCCGGCCGGGCGGCCGAGGUCGAGGCGCUCUCCAGCCGGCUGGCCGCAGCGGAUGCGCGCGAAGCGGCGCGGCAGGAGGAGCUCGCGCAAACCAAGGCGCAGCUCGCCGGCGCACGUGAGCGGCUGGCCGCGGCCGAGGCGGCCCGGGCCGACGUGGGCUUGCGGUCGCUGCUGCAGGCGCAGACGGCGCUGCUCGAGGCGAAGGGCCGCCUGUCGGAGCAUGCCGCCGAAUUGGACCGCCUCCGAGCGCAAAUGGCGGCGGCCAAUGGAGAUGCUGAAUUGUUCCAAGCACAGCUGGAAGCGGCAGAAGGCAGGGUCUCAGGCACCACCACUGAAGAGAAUGCAGACCCGGAAGGGGAAGCAGAGAGUGCACAGGACGUGGAAGCCACAGCCGCCAGAGUGAGAAAUGCAGCGCGUUCAGCGACGGCACAGAUCGCGGCGCUGCGCACAGAUCUGGGGUACACCACCUCCGAGCGCGAUCGUGCGGCGGCCGCGGCGGCCUGGCGGCCAACCAGGGGCCGGCGUUGGCGCGCGCCGAAACAGAGGCGGCCGCGGCGGCGGAUGAGAUCGACAGGGAAUGAGCGGAGACGGAGCAGCGGCUGCGCGAGGGGAGAAAAAAUUCAGAAGAGUUGGCGGCCGCGCUGGAAGGGUGCAGGGUGCUGCUGCGGCAGUUGCAGGAGGAGGGCAGCUGAGCUGAAGGCGGCGGUGGAGGCUGCGCACAAAGAGAGGGAGGAGGUCCGGGGCCGCCUGUUGGACGCUGACAAGGCGCUGAGUCAGGCAAGGGCUGAGUCAGCGCGCAGGUGCAGCCAGAACAGGACGCUUCUCGGCAAGCUGGCUGCUGCACAGGAGCGGGCAAAGAAAGUAGAGGAGGUUGCAGAGAGCAGCAAGCAGCACAUUGCUGAGCUGGACGCACAGCUGGCACAACUCCAGGACACUGUGAAACGGCUGCAGCACAACUGCAAACUGCAGGAGAGCCAUAUUCCGGCACAUGCCCUGCAGAUGCUGGAGGCCGCAGAGGGGUCCCUGGUGGAGGCCCGGCGGGCGGCGGUGGCCACCGCAGAGCGGGGGGACCGGCUGUCGGCCGAGCGCGACGCCGCGAUGCGCCAGGUGGCGGCGCUGCAGGCCGCGCUGGCCGGGUUGGAGGCAAGGGAAGCUGCGCUGAGCUGGACGGCGCAGCAGCUGCAGCACAGCGCAGCGCAGAGAGAGGACCCCCGGGGGACCGCAGAAGGGCCAGGGGAAAUAUGCGGGGGUGAUCAUGCCGAUUGCUCCAGCUGCGCCGCCAAGGCCGAGCGCAUCUCUGAGCUGAGGUGA